GGAGGGUCAACAUCUUGGAUGAUUUUAGAGGUGCCGGCGACCUGUUUAUUAUAGCAAACGUUUAGACAAAUUGCGAACUAUGGCUGCAGGGCCAAUCGCUGAAAGGAAUCAAGAUGCCACGAUAUACGUAGGCGGUCUUGACGAUAAGGUGUCUGAAUCUUUGUUGUGGGAAUUAUUUGUGCAAGCUGGGCCAGUAGUGAACGUACAUAUGCCAAAAGACCGAGUUACGCAAAUGCAUCAAGGUUACGGAUUUGUCGAGUUUCUAAGCGAAGAAGAUGCCGACUAUGCUAUAAAAAUUAUGAAUAUGAUAAAGUUAUAUGGAAAACCGAUUCGUGUUAACAAGGCAUCUGCUCAUCAAAAGAAUCUGGACGUCGGAGCAAAUAUCUUUAUAGGAAAUUUAGAUCCCGAGGUUGAUGAGAAGCUUCUAUACGACACAUUCUCUGCUUUUGGUGUAAUUUUGCAAACGCCAAAGAUUAUGCGGGAUCCCGAGACCGGCAAUUCAAAAGGAUUCGCGUUUAUUAAUUUUGCAAGCUUUGAAGCAUCGGAUGCAGCAAUGGAUGCAAUGAACGGGCAAUAUUUGUGUAAUCGACCGAUUUCUGUUUCAUAUGCGUUCAAGAAAGAUUCAAAAGGAGAAAGGCACGGUUCAGCUGCUGAACGUUUGCUUGCUGCUCAGAAUCCAUUAUCCCAUGCGGAUCGCCCGCAUCAACUGUUCGCGGACGCUCCAGUGCCUCAAAUGAUGCCGGUGGGAAUGGGCCAAAUAAUGCCUCCACCACUUAUGGCUCCACCGCCCCCACCUUCGACACCAGGCAUGUUACCUCCACCCCCACCGGUUCCACCGCCAGCAUCAGGACCUUUCCCAUCUUCUGUACCUCCACCGCCACUCCCUCCAAUGCCGUCAAAUCAACCUCCUCUUCCUCCACCAGUUGGCAUGCCGCCGCCACCGCGUAUGAUGCCGCCACCACCAUGGCAAGUAGGCGGCGCUGCUCCACCACCUCCAACACUUGCAAAUGGAAUGCCAGCUCCUGGGGGUGCAAGGCCACCACCACCUAACUGGCGGCCUCCGCCACCUGGAUUUCACAGACCACCAUUCCCACCACGACCUAUGCCGCCACCACCAUUUCCAGGUGACGGAUUUCAAUAUUAAGUUUUCGCAGUUUCAUAAAAUGUAUGAUUUUUUAAGAUUAUUUUCUGCGUCUGACAAGCUUAAAAUAAUAAAAUUCUUAUCCACAAGAAAA